AUGGACAUCAAGUUUUGCAAGAUCAACCUUCUCAUAGAUUACAAGGAAUUGGAUGGGAGGUACCAAUUCAAGUUCACACAUCCAUGGCUGGCCCUUCCAAGCUGCUCUUCCCCAACUCUGAGCUCACAAACAGUCCUCAUGGGUGAGAACAUUGAUUUCAGACCCCCAUUGUAUAAAUUAGUUGGGCAUGAGGACGAGUUGCGAGAAGAGGAGCCUAAACUCGAUCGAGCUGAGUAUCGCGCUGAGGUUCAAGCUGAGGAUAGAGCCCAAGUGAAUGAGGAGUUAGGUGAGCCUGAGUGUUACUAUUUUGAGGAGUAUGAGGCUCCAAGGAUGAACCCCUCUGUUGUGGCUGCUCACAAGAGGAUUGGACUUCUCCAAAGGUUCAACAAGUGGCAAGGGAAAGCCAUGGACAAAAUGCAAAAGUCCAUGGACAAGAUGGUGAGCAAGAUCAAGAGUUUGGAGAAGAAGGUCUCUGGUUCUUCAAGCAAGAAGAAGAAGACACCCAUGACUCCUACAUUCCCUAGGAGUAGAUCUCUCCUCACCAUUCCAAGGAGGCUUCCUACCCAAGAGCCUCGUCAUUUGAACCAAGGGAAGCAGGUGACAACACACAGAGAAGGAGGAAGAGUUCCAAGGGACAAUGCUCCAACUCUAUCAGCGGACUCGAUCUAG